CCCCGACGGGGCCACGCUGCCUGGCAAUCGCAAAGGGGGCGGGCAAGCUCGCCGCCCUGCCUCCUCUGGUUGCUAAGAAAUUAGGCUCUCGGGCGGGGUGAAGGAGCUGUUGCAAAGGCGCAACGCGACUGUCGUAAAAAAAAAUCCCGGGAAAGAUGUCGUGAAGCGCGGUCGGUGUGAUCUGCGGCGAAGACAGUGACCGGGUCCAGCUCUCGGCACUUAUAUGCCCCGUCCCCUAGCGGCUACUUUCCCCUCGUGCUCCAUGUGGGGCCCAGGCCGGGCUCUCGGCCUCUCCUUCGCUUCCUUCUAUGGCCCGGAAAACAGUUAGCAGGAAGCGGAAAGCGGCGUCGACUGCCGCCCUCACAGAGCCCGGGGGGCUCCAGGGGGAGCAGUAUGGGUGGGAUCACUCAGUUCACAAAAGGAAAAGGCUCCCCCUGGUGAAGAGGUCCCUGGUCUACUAUCUGAAAGGUAGAGAGGUCAGGAUGCAGAAUGAGUCCAGCUAUCACCACUUGUUGCAUGGAUACACAGCCCAGCAGCUUCCCAGUCUCCUGAAGGAAAGAGAAUUCUACCUCGGAACCCUUAAUAAAGUGUUUGCUUCCCAGUGGCUGAACCACCGACAAGUGGUGUGUGGGACAAAAUGCAACACAUUAUUUGUAGUAGAUGUCCAGACUGGUCAAAUUACCAAGAUUCCUAUUCUGAAAGAUCGUGAAGCCAGCAUGGUGAACCAGCAGGGAUGUGGUAUUCAUGCCAUUGAGCUCAACCCCUCGAGGACCCUUCUGGCCACUGGUGGAGACAACCCCAACAGUCUUGCAGUUUAUCAUCUGCCUACACUCAAUCCUGUCUGUGUGGGAGAUGAUGGACAUAAGGACUGGAUAUUUUCAAUUGCAUGGAUCAGUGAUACCAUGGCUGUUUCUGGUUCCCGGGAUGGUUCGAUGGGUCUCUGGGAAGUCACAGAGGAUGUGUUAUCCAAAAGCGAUGCCAGACAUAAUCUCUCUCAAGUUCCUGUCUAUGCCCACAUAACACACAGGGCUCUGAAGGAUAUCCCAAAGGAGAACACCAAUCCCGACAACUGCAAAGUCCGAGCAUUGGCUUUCAACAAUAAGAACAACGACCUGGGAGCUGUGUCCCUAGAUGGGUAUUUUCAUCUUUGGAAAGCAGAGCACACACUAUCAAAGUUACUUUCCAUGAAGUUGCCAUACUGCAGGGAGAACGUGUGUUUGGCUUAUGGUCAGGAGUGGUCAGUGUAUGCAGUAGGAUCACAGGCACAUGUAUCCUUUCUGGAUCCCAGGCAGCCUUCUCACAACAUUAAAUCCGUCUGUCCCAAAGAACGAGGCAGUGGUAUUCGAUCGGUGAGCUUCUAUGAGCACAUCAUCACAGUGGGAACAGGGCAAGGUUCCUUGUUGUUCUAUGAUAUCAGAGCCCAGAGGUUCCUGGAUGAAAAGCCCCCACGUGCCUGCUAUGGACAGAAGCAGAAAUUAGGAGGAAGUGAAAUUUUGAAGUUGACUACUGGGAAAGGCUGGCUGAAUCAUGAUGAAACCUGGAGGAAUUAUUUUUCUGACAUAAAUUUCUUCCCAAAUGCUGUUUACACCCACUGCUAUGACUCGUCUGGAACAAAACUCUUCGUGGCAGGAGGCCCCCUUCCAUCAGGACUUCAUGGGAAUUACGCUGGUCUCUGGAGCUAA